CACAUUCACAAUUUUAUUUGUAAUCAUUACGCUAAGCUAUACUAAGCUAUAUGUUAUCCAGCAAUUUUAUUUAAAAUUCAUGCUACGAAUAUCACUAUAGAUUUGUGCUUAUCAUAUAGAUUCCAAAAUAGAAAUUUGAUCGUUAAAAAUCUCCUUACUUUUUGACAUUUGUAUUUUGACAGACUAGCAAAAACCACGUGCUUGUUAACCUGUAAAUAACGUGGAGUAAACUUUCAACAAAAUGCCAAAAUCGAAGAGGGAUAAAAAGAUAUCUUUAACGAAGACCGACAAAAAAGGUCUUGCAUUGAAGCAAAAAAUUGUAGAAGAUGUGCGAAAUUGUGUGGAGAAAUAUAAAAGUAUCUACGUUUUUAAGUACAAAAAUAUGAGAAACGAAACUAUGAAAGCUGUCCGACAGGAAUGGAAACCUAGUAGAUUUUUCUUUGGAAAAAAUAAAGUUAUAGCAAUAGGAUUAGGUAGAACUCCCGAAGAGGAGGUUGAAGAUGAUUUACAUAAGUUAGCAGGUAGCAUGAAAGGACAGUGUGGGCUACUUUUUACUGAUUGCAAAAAGAAAGAAGUUGUGGAAUGGUUUGAUAGUUACUCUGUUGAUGAAUAUGCAAGAUCAGGCUUUAAAACAACAACAUCUAUAAAACUAGAGGCAGGACCUUUAAAACAAUUUUCACACUCUAUUGAACCAUAUUUGAGGCAAUUGGGAAUGCCCACAAAGUUGGACAAAGGUAUUGUUACUUUGAUUAAAGACUUUGAUGUAUGCAAGGCAGGUACUGUCUUAACUCCUGAACAAGCAAAAAUUUUAGAAUUAUUAGAUCACAGACUGGCUACUUUUAAAUUAGUUUUAAUUGCAAAAUGGACAAAAGGCAAAGGCUUUGAAAAGUUUGACAUUGAAGAUGAAGAAGAUGGAGCAGUUGAUGAAGAUCAAGAUGAAGAAAUGGGAGAUGAGAGUUAGUGAUUUGAAUUUAGGUUUAAAUAUGUGUAAAUAUUUAUUUUUCAAUUAAAACCAUUGUUAAUAAAGAUUUUUUAUAACAUAUAA